CGAGUAUGUCCUUAAUUGAUAACAACUAUUCAAGCAUCGAAAAGAGUCAAAAUUUCAAAAGUUUCCAACACACUCAAGUCCUCCAUCAAUUCACCACCCCAACCACCAAUCAAACGCGUCCAUCAACCCCACUCACGCGACGCGCCGCACCCGCGCUCCAACCCACUUCACCACCAACCUCUCCUCCCAUCCAAACUCUUCCUCAAACCCAAUGCCCACAAACUCAGAACCCGCCUCCACUCCCGCCCCGCACCACGAACCUCCCUCCCUCCCCUCCUCCCCACACCCAAAACGCAUCAAAAACACCUCCGGCUCGCCCGGCACAACCCUCCCCUCGCGCAUCCACGACGACUCUGGCACCGCAACACCGACACCGCUCGCCGCAAUGACGACCCCGCAUCCCAGACAGUCAAUUGGCGCGGCGGCAGCGGAGACAAGUCUGCAGGUACAAUUGCUGAGCGACAAAGCGCGGGCGCCGACGAAAGGCAGUGCGUUCGCGGCAGGCCACGAUUUGUACAGUGCGAGGGAUGUGGUUGUUCCCGCGAGAGGGAGGGCGAGAGUGGAUACGGAUAUCUCGAUUGCGGUGCCGGUGGGGACUUAUGGGCGGAUCGCCCCGCGCUCUGGUCUUGCAGCGAAACACGGAAUUGAUACGCUCGCCGGUGUCAUUGAUGCGGAUUAUCGCGGUCAGGUCGGCGUUAUCCUGGCGAAUCUGUCGGAUGAGGACUUUCAGAUCAAGGCCGGGGAUCGGAUUGCACAGCUCAUUGUUGAGAGGAUUGUGAUGCCGGAGGUUGUGGUGGUGGAGAAGUUGGAGGAGAGUGUGAGGGGUGCCGGUGGGUUUGGAAGUACGGGAGGUUUUGGAGGAGCGGUUGCGAACUAGGUCUAGAGAGGCAUAACGGGGAGUCCUGCGGGAGACGAUCAAGAACCGCCAGUGUAUGGGGAAUUCAGGCAAGGAAUCAAGUGAUCAGGAUUUGUCCACGGCGAAGAAGGGAAACAACAGGCGUUAUCGGGAUCUGAACGGAGAAUACCAGAUUCGGGAUACUUCAGCUGAAGUCGACAAAUACCAAAUAUCUAUUAUGAACUGUG